UUUAUUUUGGGAAAUUUCGUGGGCCGGCGAUGGUACACCAAGUCGAGGGCUCGGUCCUCAGCCGGCUCCUUCGCGCCUGGGUGAACGAGCCACGCGGCCGUGUGCUCCUCGCCGGGUGGGCCGUCACCUUUGUCGGCGUGACCGGUCGCGCCGUCUUCCUCCGGCUCAAGCUCAAGGCGCGCCGUGCACUCAAGCCUCCGGCGGAGAAGGACGGCACACUCGUCGCGCCGCCGCCGCCGUCCAGGCCUCCAAAGGCACCCGGCCCGCUCCGCACCGUGCUGCGUCUCGCCAUGCCGUCGUAUUGGAGCCGUUCGGCCGCGUGGCUCGGCGUCUUCUCGCUUGGCCUGGGCGUGCGGCUCGCAGUGUCGGUCAAGGUGUCUUCCGAGAUCGGCUCGCUCGGAUCGUUGCUCGCGAAGGGGGAGUGGGAGGAGCUCUUCAGCCGGCAGCUGACCUACGCGCUCUGGGCGCUGCCGGCGGCCGCCACCACCGCCCUCCAAAAGUUCUCGCGCGAGCGUGCGGCGCUCUGCCUGCGCGAGCGGCUGCUGCAGACAGUCGUGGACAAGCUGGGCGCGGCGGGCGCCGACGCGCCGCUCAUGCCCGCUCCGGAGGGGACGGCGACGCGCAGGCUGCCCGGCGCGCUCGCGGCGGCGGCGGAGGGCAGCGCCGACACGUCGCGCGGCGGCGCAGUCGGCGUGUGCUUGACAGACCCGGCGGAGUUUUGCUCUUCCGCCGUCGAGCUGUACGAGGCCCUCUCGAAGCCGCUGGUCGAGGUGUCCCUCCUCUCGGUCAAGCUGGCUCUCAUGAUGGGCCCCGGCCCGCUCUGCUACUGCUACUCCUUCUUCUUCGCCGCCGGCUGCUGGACCCGCUUCGCCGGCCCCUCGAUCGCGACGAUGACGACGGGCGCGGAGCUGCUCGCGCUGCACUCGCACCUCGUCGAGUACGCCGAGGAGGUUGCACUCAUGGGGGGCGGCGCAGCCGAGGCGGAGGCGCUGCACGCUUCGCUCGCCGCCGCCGCCGGGCGCACCUCGCAGCUGCAGCUGCAGCGCUUCGGCAUCCUCGCCGCCUUCACCGCGAUGCUGCCCGCCGUCGUGCGCGCCGCCCCGGGCGGAGCCGACCCGACCGAGUACUUUCUCACCUCGCUCCACCUCCUCGUCCACGACCUCGUCCUCUCGCACAAGACUGCAGCCACCGCCUCGGCGCACGCCCGCCGCGUCCUCGCCCUCCUCACCUCGCUCGAGCCGGCGCACGCCGAAGCCGCAAACGGCAACGGCGCCGCCAAGAAGGGCGGCGAGGGUGCGGCCCCGCCGCUGCUCGAGCGAGCCCUCGUCCAGGCUCGCACGGCGGGCUCUGGGAUGGCGCUCGAGCUCCGGUCCGUCGUCAUCGCCCCGCCAGCGCUCUCCGAGCCCCCCCUCGCCGGCCCCCUCUCCGCCUCCGUCCCGCGCGGAGCCCACGUCUUCGUCUCGGGGCCAAACGGUUGCGGAAAGUCGUCGCUGCUGCGGGCGCGCGCGGGCGAGGUGUCGACGCCGCCGUCCGACCGGAUCGUCGCGCUGCCGCAGCGGCCGUACAUCCUCCCGACCGGCUCGCAGGCGCAGCUCUUGUACCCCACGCCGCUGGCCGACGCCGCGCCCGCCGCUGACGCCAUGUUUCUCGAGGCUCAGAUUGGGUCCGCCGCUUGGGAAGUUUGUCGGGGCGGCGGCUCCCUCUCCGGCGGCGAGCGGCAGCGCCUCGCCGCCGCGCGCCUCUACCUCGCGUGCCGCUCCUCCUCCCCUCCGGCGCUGAUCGUCGCCGACGAGCCAACCUCCGCCUGCGAGGCCGGCUUCGAGGAGCGCUUCUUCGCCUUCCUCGCCGCGAGCGAGGCGGCCACCCUCGUCGUGGCGCACCGCCCUGAGCUCGCGCGCCACCACACGCACGAGCUCGCCUUCGACGGCCACGGCGGCGCCGCGAUGCGCGAGCUCUGA